AUGGCACGCCUCCUGCAGAAGAUCAAGAACAUCAAGAAAACCCUCUCCACGCCGCGCCACCCGCCACCACCACCCUUCACCCUCCACUCCCACGACGCCGCCGCUCUGAUCGAGCAGCAUCUAGCCUGGCUCGAACUCCCAGCCCGUCAAUGGGAUCCGCGCCGCGCCGCCGCCCUCAACUCCCUCGGCGCCUGGCUACGCCAGCACGAAUGGCUCGACGCCAUCGGCAGCGUGCCCUCCAUCGAUUCGAUGGAGGAAUUAUUUGAAAUUUUCGACGACCUCUUCUUCGCCUCCUCCCUCCGCGACAACUACAUCUUCCGCUGGAUGAAUGGCGGCCGCCAUUGCGCGGGCCUUACGUUUACGCCCCCCGGCAGCCCCAUGACUACCAUUGCGGUGAACUGGUUCCUUGUGCGGUGGGGCUCUUUCGGCACGAUUGAGUGCAUCGUCUCCGUGCUGUUGCACGAGAUGUGUCACGCGUAUAUGCUGGUGUGGGGAUGCAUGGGGAAGAAGUCGGGGUGCAGCAGGUGGGCGUGUCAGAAGGGGAGUGAGAGGUAUGUGAAGGAGAUUGGGAUGGGUGGGCAUGGGGAUGCGUGGCAGCGCCUCGCUCUCACAGUGGAGCUGCUGGCUGGGGAUAUGGGGCUGGUGGUGGAUUUGUUGGUGGAGAAGACUGUGAGGCUGGAUCGAUGA